AUGAAACAUUUUAAAAAGACCUACCAAGACAAAUUGCUGUUAUCAUUGUCUUUCAUCGUGCUAUUAGCUUCAUUGACAGUUAAUUCAGCACCGAUGUCGAUGGCAGGCUCUAAAUUGAUAUCGACAAUUGACCAGCGGCAUCCAAAGCUCUCCGAUCUUCACUCGCAAAGGCAAUUCAAUGAGAAAGAUCAAAGCAUUCAAAUGCAGAAGCUCAAUCAACUUCAUAAACAAAUGAAUAAAUACGACAAUGAAGAGGUUGAAGCGAAUGAUGAUAGCAAAAGCGAAGAUGUUGAUAGUGAUGAUGACAAUCAACAACGAUGA